GUGAUAAGUGGCACGAGGAGCCUGUCUGCGGCGGCGGGCGGGCAAUCCACUCACCAUCGCCGAACCUUCUCAGCACGAAGCUCACCGGGAAGCCGCCCAAAAUCCCCAGGAGCUCACGGCCAGCGCCUCCUCCUACUACAAAUCUACCCGCCAAAUCCACUCCCCAACCCAAUCCAUGCAGCAGCAGCUGAGCAGCGGCAAUUUAGAGGGUCUUAUAAAUACGAAGCGCUCUCGCCGGUGCCAAACUCAGUCAUGGCGGCAGUCGGAGCGGCACCACUGCUCUACCAACAGCAGGCGCAGGCGGCGGGCGACGGCUGCUACUUCUCUUUCAUGUCCUCCUACUUCUCCCACGGGGAAGCCAGCUCGAACGCCUCCAGCCCGGCGUCCAGCUUCUCCGCCGCGCUCGGCGCCACGCCGCCCGCUGCACCGGUGAUCUCCGCCGACCCCGCGCCGCAGUUCGACAUCUCCGAAUACCUCUUCGACGAGGGCGCGUUCGCCGCGCCGCUCCCGCCCGUCGUCUCCGUGCCGGCCGUUGGCGCGGUUGCUGCAAGUUCGACGACCGCGGUGACUGCGAGGAGCGCCGAGUCGGCGGAGCGGCCGCGGACGGAGCGCAUCGCGUUCCGGACUCGGUCGGAGAUCGAGAUCCUCGACGACGGCUACAAGUGGCGCAAGUACGGCAAGAAGUCCGUCAAGAACAGCCCAAACCCAAGGAACUACUACCGGUGCUCGACGGAAGGGUGCAGCGUGAAGAAGCGGGUGGAGCGGGACCGGGACGACCCGGCGUACGUGGUGACCACGUACGAGGGCACGCACAGCCACGUCAGCCCCAGCACCGUCUACUACGCCAGCCAGGACGCCGCCUCCGGCCGCUUCUUCGUCGCCGGCACACACCCGCCGCCAGGCUCACUCAACUAGCUCGUGCUUCGCAAAUCAGCUCUAGGACAACCGGACCGGAGUUUGGCCAAGCACAUACUGAUAUUCUUCUGCAUGUGCUGCCCGGACGGUCGACAUCGUUCAUCCCAACUGAAAAAGCCGGAGCUAGCCAGCCUUGCCUUCCAAGUGGAACAUGAUUGAGAGAGCAAAUGGUCCUCGUUGUGGAAGAAGAUGCUCCCCAGUGUAAUCGACAACGUAAGCUAGCUGGACUUCGAAGCGUAAAAGGAUUGAGGAUAGAAAAUGAUCUUCCAUGAGGAAGAUCAGAUGCUCCACUAUACUCAACAAUGUAAAAACAAUGUCAGCUAGAUGGCCUAUGAAGGGGAACGCGUGAUUCAUGAUGGCAAAUGAUAUUUGGUCGGGAAGAAAAUAUCACUGUACUAAGUAAACGUCCGUUUAUAAGGAAGCCAUACGCAUGAUAAAGAGCAUCUACAUCGGCGAUGGGCGAAUUC